CCGGGAGGGACCGCGACCCUUCCUCCAUCCCGGCCAGAAACCCGCGAUCCUUCCUCCAUCCCGGCCGGGACCGCGAUCCUACCCGCGAUCCUUCCUCCAUCCCGGCCAGAAACCCGCGAUCCUUCCUCCAUCCCGGCCGGGACCGCGAUCCUACCCGCGAUCCUUCCUCCAUCCCGGCCAGAAACCCGCGAUCCUUCCUCCAUCCCGGCCGGGACCGCGAUCCUUCCUCCAUCCCUGCAAAUCAGGGAUUAAAAAGCAUCAUCAUCUCAAGAUGUUUCCGUAGUCAGGGAAAAGCGAGAUAACCCAGAACUUCUGAAAACUGAGUGCUGCCUGCCGAGAACAGAGGGAUUUGGACAGCAUGAGGUGGUAUAAAUCUCUGAAAUGACAGCUGGAAUGCUUCAGGGUGAAGCAGUUGUCUGUUUCCAUCGUGGUUCAUUGUGGAAGAGGAGGUUUGGUACCCCCCAGUCCUCCUAUGAUACCACGGACACCAUCUCUGCUAGCCAGCAGCACUAUUGGUAGCAUCCCUACCAGAAAUAUCACCAGUGACGCUACUACCCAGUGGAGAGAUUUCACUUCUUCCUAUGGAAUGAAAUGACCUUUGGGAAGAGACACAGAUUUACUGUAAUUACCAUCAAAUCAAAAUGAGUUUAUUAGUGUUCUUAUUGUUGGCUGACAAAGGGUUGAACAAUUUUAAUAGACACAAUUUUAAGAUCAUCUUUAAAGGUCCCUUUCAACCCAAACCAUCCAAUGAUUUUACCAUUUCUGGUUUUUUUAUUAAACUUAGUUCUAACGCUUGACUAGCACACCCCACUGUAUUUCAGCUACACAGAAAAUGCUUCUUGUUUUUUGUCUGGAAGGAUUGUUUUUACCCUGGGUUGUUUCUCACAGUGGCACUGGAAUGAGUGAUGGGCAUCCACUGCUUGGAUGAGUCAUGGCACAGGCAGCCCAGGAAAACACAGCUGGCAUGCACCAGUGGUUGCACUGGGUGGCCAGGAGGACACUGAGAUGUGGAUCCCAGGCUGAGCACUUCCCUUGGGGAUGGAAAUCCCCUAGACUGUAGUUUUUAGCAACACUUGUCAGCAACCACCAUCUCUUCUGCUUUAGAAAUCAGCCUGGAAGCCCAAAUCCAGCCAGGGGCCCAGGUUUGCCCUGACGCUGUCAAUGAGUGAAAGAGCCCAGGAUUUGUCCCAGCUACUCAUGUCAGUUGAAAACACAGGAUCCAAGAUGUUCUCUCUCCUGCUGUGGAUCGCAGCUGCCAGGCCUUGGGAGGGGCAGAGCCAGGCUUCCCUUCCUGUCCUGAACCUUGGCCAUGACCAGUUUCUCUGGCUGGGCAGAAGGUGGGAAUUGAACUGGCUUUGGGAAAGCCUGGUUGUGGCACUGAGCCCACACUCCUGCCUGGGUGGCUGCAGGACCUCACUGAGGGCACCAGAGGCAGCAGAAGAAACAAUCCUCCCCUUCCCCACACAGAGCACGGCUCAGCUGCAUGGGAGCCGCUGCUGCUGCUGGCACAGGAUGUCUUCAGAGCCAGUGCCAGGUGCUGACACUGGCAGGAGAGGCCUGAAGAAGCCACGUCCGUUCAGCAUCGAGGACAUCCUCUCCAGCCCCGUGGAGAAGAGCCCCCAGGUCUUGGUGCCACUGUGCCUACGGAGCAUCUUGGACUGCACACCCAGGGGGCUAUGUGAGCUGGAACCCAUCCCAGCCAGCUCCCUGCAGGAGGAGGAGGAGGAAGAGGAGGAAGAGCUGGAAGGGUCAGGCUGCAACUGCUGCUGCUGUUCUCACACGAGUGCCCGUUCCCUGCAGGAGCUGCCGGGUUGGCUGGAUGCCCGGUUCCCCUGGCCCAUGCGGCUCUUCCACCCGGCGGUCAGGGUCUGUAAGAGCUCCCAGGAGAAGUCGAGCGAGCUGCAGAGCUUCCAGCAGAUCCAGCGCCGCACACGCCGGCACCGCACCAUAUUCACGGAGGAGCAGCUGCAGGCCCUGGAGACGCUUUUCCACCAGAACCAGUACCCGGACGUGGUCACCCGCGAGCACCUGGCAAACCGCAUUCACCUGAAGGAGGAGAGGGUAGAGGUUUGGUUUAAAAACCGUCGGGCGAAGUGGCGGCAUCAGAAGAGGGCGACUGCCUCAGCACUGGUCCUGCAGCCCAAGCAGCCCCCCAAGGAGAGCUGUUAGUGCUCACGGGCUGCGGAGAACCCGAGCCCCGCUGCCCAUAGCUGACAGGCUCAGGGGGGGAACCCGGGGGGGCUGUACAGCAAAAGGGAAUCCCACUGAUUCACACAGGAGGAGGACAGGUAAAAGAAGUCCUGGCACUUCCACAUGCCUCUUCCAAACCUAGUCCACGUGGCAAAUGACUCGGUGGGACAUGCAGCGGACAGAGCUGUACCGGUGUUAAAUGUGUGUGCUUUAAGAGAAGGGGAGGCUCCUCGUCUUUGCUCUGUGCACCUAGUAUUUGUGUUUGUUUUAUUGAUGUAGAUCUGCAAAAUAUCCUGCAAAUGAAUGUUUCCUGUUUGCAGCA